CAUUGAUAACGCUAGAAAAGGAUUGUUGUUUGGCGCCUUUACGGGGCCGGUUGGUUUUUGUGAUAAAACAUAUUAUAAUUGCGAACGAAAGUUCGUAAAUAACGAUAAAAUGGGUGAUAAAGGUGAUGGAGAAACGUUCGACGAUGCUGUGGAGGAAAGGGUUAUUAAUGAAGAAUAUAAAAUAUGGAAGAAGAACACACCGUUCUUGUAUGACCUGGUCAUGACACACGCUCUGGAGUGGCCCUCUCUGACUGCACAGUGGCUUCCAGAUGUUACUAGACCCGAAGGAAAAGAUUAUUCCGUUCACAGGCUAAUUCUGGGUACACACACAUCGGAUGAACAAAACCAUCUCCUGAUUGCAAGUGUCCAGCUACCAAAUGAAGAUGCACAGUUUGAUGCCAGUCAUUAUGACAAUGAUAAGGGUGAAUUUGGUGGUUUUGGAUCUGUAUCGGGCAAAAUAGAUAUAGAGAUAAAAAUAAACCAUGAGGGUGAAGUGAAUAGAGCACGCUAUAUGCCACAGAAUCCUUGCGUCAUUGCAACAAAAACUCCAUCCUCUGAUGUGUUAGUGUUUGAUUACACCAAGCAUCCUUCUAAACCAGAACCUUCUGGAGAAUGCCAUCCUGAUCUUAGAUUGCGUGGUCACCAAAAAGAGGGCUAUGGGCUAUCCUGGAACCCUAACCUCAAUGGCUAUCUUCUCUCAGCUAGUGAUGACCACACGAUCUGCCUGUGGGACAUCAACGCGACGCCCAAGGAGGGGCGCGUGAUCGAGGCCAAGUCCGUGUUCACGGGCCACACCGCCGUGGUGGAGGACGUGGCCUGGCACUUGCUGCACGAGUCGCUCUUCGGCUCAGUGGCUGAUGACCAGAAGCUUAUGAUUUGGGAUACUAGAUGUAACAAUACCUCUAAGCCGUCACACACGGUUGACGCACAUACGGCAGAAGUCAACUGUCUAAGCUUCAACCCUUACUCAGAAUUUAUCUUAGCGACUGGCAGCGCUGAUAAAACGGUCGCUCUAUGGGAUUUACGUAAUUUGAAACUCAAACUGCACUCAUUCGAAUCACACAAGGAUGAAAUCUUCCAAGUACAGUGGUCACCGCAUAAUGAAACAAUCCUUGCAAGCAGCGGUACUGAUAGAAGACUGCACGUGUGGGACCUGUCCAAGAUAGGCGAGGAGCAGACGGCGGAGGACGCCGAGGACGGCCCGCCCGAGCUGCUCUUUAUACAUGGCGGACACACUGCCAAGAUCUCAGACUUCUCCUGGAACCCCAACGAGCCCUGGGUCAUCUGCUCCGUCUCCGAGGACAACAUCAUGCAGGUGUGGCAGAUGGCGGAGAACAUCUACAACGACGAGGAGCCCGAGACGCCGGCCUCGGAGCUGGAGUCGGGCGUCAACGUCAACCACGGGUAAGGCCCGGCCUUCGCCCCGCACGCACGCUCGUCUAUAACUGUACGUGGAACAGAUCUUCUAUUGUGCAUUUUAAAAUCAUUCAUUUAUUUUAGGGUGUUUUAGAACAACUUUUAAAAUAAUAAAUAACAUUUAAGUAUUGACUCUUACGUAAUGCAAAUAAGGUUUAAUUUGUGUUAGUUUAUUUGAAUAUAGAUUUUGAAAGUAUGAUAUGUUAGAUCUGCUCCAUCGUUACUUUUCACGAUGUCAAUGUUAAAUUAUCAAGGGAAAAAAUGCCAGAAUUGUAUGCAAAAGUUAUAGUUAAGUGGCUGAAUUAACUAUGUGAUCAAAAUUUAUACAAAAAUGUUGUUGGGAGCCUUUUCUGUUAUUUAAAUAAAUGUAUUAAAUUACUUCAAGUUCAAUAACAUAAUUAAAUUGUAUUCAAUUGUUUUACAUGAGGGCCGGAGGUUGUGUGUGGGUUUUUACUCCAGCAAUAGGAACUUCGCUAUUUAUAGACUGACUUGAUAUAUGCAAUUAAACUGUAACGUUACAACUAGUAUAUAAGCAAUAUAACAAUAGGAACGAUUUGAAAUAACCAUAUAAUCAUUUUUACUUAUAUAGAAGUAACUUUUUUUCAUGUAUACAAUUCAAAAAAUAUUAGCGAUCCUCCUAAUGUUGGUGUGAAAUACUAUUUAGGGGCCAAUGUUGAAUAUUUUCAAAGUGCAAGAAUCUCUCGGAUAAAUCAGAAGAUUUGUUUUAAGGGAAACAACAUAUUUUUGUUAUAUAUUGUGCAUACGAAACAUUGACGAAGGCAUUUACAAAACCUCCUAACUCAGAUUGAGUAAGGUUAUAAAUAAUUCUACAUCCUGUUCACUUUGAAUAUGAAAUAUUGUAAUAAUUACGAGAACAACAUUCGUCUUUGGCCUGAUUUUUUUCUACUGUGCUUACACAUAAUCCCAUGAAAUAACGAUGUCUUUAGUAUAAACAAUGUUGCUAGUGCAAAAAUAGUCUACGGAUUAUAGUUUUUAAAAAAAGCAAAUAAUUAUGAUAUUGAGGUCAUUAUUGAUAUUUAAGGUCGUCUGGCUUGUCAGAGAUUAAUAUCGUUGGUUUAUGGGAUGUAUGUAAACUUGUAAUAAAAAAAAAUUAACAGUAUUCAUCAUGUUUUUGAUACAAUAAAAUCGUGAAGGGAAUUUAAUUUCUUUUACAUACAGUAAUAACGCUGAUGAUAAUUAUAUCAAUACAUUAUUAUUAUACUUUAUAAUAUAUAUUAUAAUGAUUCUACCUAGGUACUAAUAAAUAUAGAUUUUGUAAAUACUGAAGUCGCUGAAUACAAUUUAAUUCCGUAAACAAUAAUAUUUCCAUUAUAUUUUAAAUAUUGUAUUAAUUGAAAUAAUGUACUUCAUUAUGAAUGUUAUAUGUUAUUUUGUCAAAUAUUUUUUUGGAUGAAAAUUUAUUUUAAGUAACUUGUACGAAAUGGCUUCGCCUGUGACAUUUUAUUGCACAUUUCAUCUCUAAAGUGAACAUGGUAUAGUAACCAAACUUUGCUAAGAGUUAAAUUAAAAAUAAGAUAUUCAAAUAAGUUUCUAUUUUUAUUAAAAAAAAUGUCGUCUUCCGGCGACCUUAAGUUUUGCAAAGUUUUAACUAUAAAAUAAUCUUAAGUUAUUCUAAAAUCCUUUCGCCGGCCCUUGGAGGUCGAUUCCAUUCUAAUUUAUUAUCAAUUAAGUCACAAGAAUAAGUCAGAGACCGAAUACACGACUGACCGAUUGUAUUUAUGUUUACGCAGUAAUGGAUUGUAAUUUUAAGCUCCGCUAAUUAUUACGAAUAAAAACUAUCUCAAUU